UGUUUAGGCAAGUGCAGGUCUGACUGGCUAGACUGGGUGCUUUCAUGCACUUUGAUACCACAUCCAGCCUCCAUUUCUGCCUCCUCUGCACUCUCUGUGCUGGAUAAAGUCACCCGCUUCCUGUCCCAGAGUCAUUUCGGGAGUCAGGCGUAGGCGCACGCACCCACACCACACAGAAGCUUGUUAACCAUGGCGAAGAUGAUAGUCCAGCAACCACAGCCAUUCGUGGUGGCCACUGACUCCAACCAAUGGAGCAGUGGCAUCUGCAAUUGCACUGAAGACAUGGCUAGCUGCUGCUUUGCCUUCUGGUGCUUUCCGUGCUUCGCCUGUAAGACGUCGCGGGAUUACGGGGAGUGUCUCUGCCUGCCACUGUUGGACAGCUUCGGCCUCAUCCCCCCCAUCACCCUGUCCAUGAGGGUCUCCAUGCGCCAACGCUACGGCAUCCUGGGCAGCAUAUGCAACGACUGCCUGUACUCAUUCUUCUGCGGGCCCUGCGUCUGGUGCCAGAUGUCCCGGGAGAUGAAGAUGCGUCUGCAACCCAUCACCCUCGUCAACGCCAGGGCCAAGUAACCACCUUCCUCACCUUCAUCUUUAUCACCCUCAUCAACGCCAGGGCCAAGUAACCACCUUCCUACCUAUCACCCUCAUCAAUGCCGGGGCCAAAUAACCACCUUCCUCACCUUCAUCUUCAUCACCCUCAUCAACACCAGGGCCAAGUAACCACCUUCUUCACCGUCAUCUUCAUCACCUUCAUCUUCAUCACCCUCAUCAAUGCCAGGGCCAAAUAACCACCUUCCUCACCUUCAUCUUCAUCACCGUCAUCAACAUCAGGGCCAAGCAACCACCUUCCUCACUCUCAUCUUCAUCACCGGCAUCUUCAUCACCUCACCAUCACCAUCCUCUUCUUCAUCCCAACUCAACCGCAGACCCCUCACUCCUACCCUGAGGAGACGUUUCUGACACUCUGUCUCACAGUUCAGUAAAAGUGUCACUCUGCCUCAUAAACUGCCAGGUUCAGUGAUCACCAAGGUUAGUGAAAACGAAUUUGCAAGUCAAAUGUUGAAAUCCAGCAAGUUGUCUCAAUUCCAGUUUAUAAUUGCCAUAAAAAGUUGUCUGACAUUGUAAUAAUGUUGUGUAAAUGUAACAGGUUGUGAGAAUCUCAAGUGAGAUGAGCCCUCAGAAUGAUCCAGAUUAUGUUAAUACCAUUGAUUACACAAUACACGGAAACGCAAACUGUGUGCUGAGCCCAAGGGAGUGUGUAAAUUGACCUGCGUUUCUGCACCGUCUUAUCUGCUUUGCGACAGUGAGAUCUGAAUGGUUGUAAAUAGGUAAACAAAUUGCAAAUGACUGCUAGUAAAUAAUUGCUUUCGUGCAUAAAAUUUGUUUGUAAUGACACGGGGUAUUACCUUAUAGACGUUAUCAGUUUUCAGUUCUGACCGCUAUCAGUUAUAGCGUUAUAGACGUUAUCAGUUCAGCCUUUAAUUAGGGUUUUUAAAGUGAAGUACUCCAAAAAUUGCUGAAGUAUUAUUGUAGGACACAUGUCACACACACACACACACACACACACACACUUUACUAUUAGAAGACAAAUACAUUGAUAGAUUUCUGGCAAGAAAUAAAGGACUACUUUUCUUUCA